AUGACUAACAUUCUAGUAGGAGAGCCAGUAACCUCUUUAAACGCACCAAGUUGCAGCAAGGAAGUGUCCGUGACUUCCACUGAUUUGACCUUGGCUAGCUCAUCGAUUUUCUAUGAUAAUUUAGCCUCAGAAGAAACGACUGACCGUCCUGAAGAAACUACCAAUGUACCAACAAUUACCAUUCCCAAACCAUCAAUGAGACUUAAUGUUCAUGUUCUUCAGACUGUGCAUAAACUGUCGCCAUUGCCAGAUGCCGCAAAAAAAAAGGUCAGCGGCUCGGAACAGAAGAAGUGA